GAACAGCUUCUGUCAACGGAUUGUCGGGCAGUAGAAUAGGCUACCUAUUUGGUGAGCAUGGCGAGCAUGGCGAGCAUGGUGAGCACCAGUCAUUGAUUUGUGAAACAAUAUUCAGAAGAAGCCGAGUUCAGAAGUUCGGACAGAAACUUGCUGGGUUGCUGCUGGUCAGGCUUGAGGCUCGUGACUGUCCUGGCAUGAUGAAACGCCCACUCUGCUUGGUCAUAACUUCAUGGUUAUGUUUCCUGGGUCAGUGCAGUGGUGAAGAAGGGGUUAAAGUGAACUGCUCAUAUGAUGGGGAAAUUAGGAAAGUUAAAUGCAGUCUUGAUUUUUAUGGGCUGGGGUCACACUCAGAAUGUAAAGUUGAAUAUAGUGACCUCUGUGACAUGGAUGACAUCUGCAUAAGAACACUUGAAAGUGAAGCACUCACUGUUGAUGUCAAGGAUCCUAAAGAACAAGUGUAUGGAUUCGUUGUUAAUACAACAUGUGCUUCUGCAACAACAUCCGUCAAUAUCACACUACCACCAGGCAAACAUGACAAGUUUGAAAAGGAUUUACCACCACCUGAAGAUCACCAAGUUCCGGCGAAGCCUAUGUGGGCCAUCCUAGGAACCUGCAUCGUGAUAUGUAUUGUUUUCAUGGUCUUUUUAUACCAACACAGGCUCAGGAUGUGCUCGGGAUCACCAGCCAGCGAUGAUGUGGAGAGCCAUAACACACGCCUCCAUGUGGAGGGCCAACACAGUCCUCCAGACCUGCCUGAGAAUGAGCCUCUCUCGGGGGGUCAGGAGCCAAGAGAGACUCACCCCGCUCCGGUGGUCUCACCCACAGAUGAGAUCUGCUGAUCCAGCUCCAGACACUGUGCAAUUCCAGAUGGGGUGAAAGGGAACACUGUUAUAAUGUCAAUACUAGAUCAGCUUCCAUCCACUCCACGUUGAACUGUGACGAUAAAGUCAUGGCAUUCUUAGAUGUGUUUGUUAAAAAGUUACACUUUGUUGCAAACUGUAAACAUUUCUGCAAGGACGAUUGGGCAAAUACUCCCCAAUCUAGGUGUGCAAAGCUAAGGAACAUAUCCAAAUAGAUUGAUGGCUGUAAUUAAACCAAAAGGAAGCUCUACAAGGUAUUAAGUCAAGGGUAUGAUGACUUUUCCAACCCUGUUACUCUAGUUUUUAAUUUGUUAUUAUUUGUCAGAACUCUUGCCUUUUUUUCCCAUUAUUUUGAUGUU